GCUCACUCCCAAACAAAAUCAGAUCACGACGAUCAGCUGCCCUCCCCCCUAAAGAAUAUUCCAUCAAUUAAAACGCCCAAUUCCCAAGAUCUCCUCCUAGCGUUGUCUCUUCUCUCAGCUCCCCCACGCUCUCUUCAGCAUUCCUCUAUAAGGUUACACGGCAAUUGGCGGGUGCUAUUGGACAGGCUGGACGUGGGGGUUGGAAUAGUCAGACGACUUGUGAACGGACGGUACCUGCUUUUGCGAGGAUGAUCGCUGUUUUGUGUUCUGUCUGUGGUUCUCUGUGAUGGAUGGCAGCCUUUACAAUAUGCUCGACAUAUUUGCUUCCAUUUCGUAAAGGUGGCGUUUUGUGUAACUCUCCGUAGGAAAAAAGACCCCCACGAUCACUUCAUGUCUCUUGACUCGUGUGAGGUCACCGGUUCGGCCCGGAGUCUCUCGGCCGGAGCUCAGUGCAUGUCCUUUGUCGUGUCUCUCCCCCGCCUUUUCAACCACGUACCCAGGGAUCCGGACCUAACCCCCACGCUUUUCGAACCAUGCCUCUCUCGAACUCAAGUGCCUGAGCCUGAGCCUGAGCAGUGGGCUACCUCAUGACGAGGACGCCACUCUUAUACCUAGUCCUUAGUUGGACAUAAAAGAGCAGCUGACGCCAGCCUCUUUGACAAUGCCUCUUCAUCAUUCUUCUCACUGCUUUUCUUGUUCUUUACUUGCAUAAAAGAGAGCCUGCUUACUGCGUGUAAUCUGCUUGCACUUAUAUACUUUACACUUAUAUCAUACCAUAUGCCUUCGGCAUUGCUUGAAUCUCCCACCAUGGGCUCCCCCAAGGCUUCUCAGCUGCGCCUCGGCGAUGGCGUAUACGUCCCUACCCUUGCGUUCUUCACUCCCGAAGACGAAGUCGAUGCUUCAGCUACUGAGAAACACAUCAUCAAGCUUCUCGAGUCAGGAGUAGCCGGUAUUGUUGUCCACGGCUCCAACGGAGAAUGUGCCCACCUCUCUCCUUCAGAACGAACCACCAUCAUCCGCGUUGCCAGAGAUACAAUCUUCCACGAGGGCAGUGGUACCCGUGUUCCUCUCAUCGCAGGCUGUGGUGCUCAAAGCACAAGGGAGACAACAGAACUGUGUGAAGACGCCGGCAAGGCUGGUGCCACACACGCCCUGGUUUUGCCUCCCAGCUACUACGGCGGACUUCUCCCCGAUGAUCUAGUCAUUCAGCACUACUACGCCGUGGCAGACAAGAGCCCAAUUCCUCUUCUGGUGUACAACUUCCCCGGCGCCGCAGCUGGUCGAGACCUCUCAUCCGACACGAUCCUCAGCAUCGCCAAGCACCCCAACGUCGUGGGCGUCAAGCUCACAUGCGGAAACACCGGCAAGCUCGCCCGCAUCGCAGCAGACUGCCCCGAAGGCUUCUGGGUCGGAGGCGGCAGCGCAGACUUCAUCCUGCAAGGCCACGCCGUCGGAGCCAACGGCACCAUCUCAGGCCUCGCCAACCUCUGUCCCAAAGCCUGCGUGCGCAUCACAGAGCUCGCAGAGGAAGGGAGCUGGAAAGAAGCCCGUCAGCUGCAGGCCAAAGUGGCCAAGGCCGACUGGACGGCGAUCAAGACUGGCUUCGUUGGUGUCAAGGCAGCGCUGGGACACUUUUCAGGGUACGGGGGCGAACCUAGACGACCUUGCGUGGCACCGUCUCAGAAGGAUCUUGAUACUAUUGCACAAGGGUUCCAAGAGGUAAUGGAUCUUGAAGUUACUAUCUAAAAAAAAGCAUGUUUUUGGUUCGGUGGGAGCAAAAGCAGGUUGCAUUGGGCGGUGACGACGUUGAUGACGAUACCUGUUAUUUCGAAGCAAAGCACGGAGAUGGUGUUGUGGCGUUGGGCAUACACUACUGUACACAGCCAUCAAUCAUAUCAGGCUGUUCUGUAGCAAUAAUUUCUUCUCUGUACAUAAAAUGAAUACCAAUUAAUGCUGGAAGCAUAUACCUACACUACAUCAAUAUGCCUGAUUACCCCAUGGAAACUACCCUUCCCCGCAAAGUGGCCAUAUUUUUCAAUAAUCCCACGCAUGUGCAGCAGAAGCCGGUGAAGAAAAAGAUGUGUCUCGUGGUCGAUUACGCGUAGCCAAUGGGGAGUCAAAGAUGAUGAGGAGCACGCUGGACAUUGCCGCUUUGGGGCGAUGAUGCUUACACGAGGUGUCGGCUGUUCAAUAGGUACAGGAUAUGCUGAGAGGGAACUUGGAUGGGGAUUGUCAAUCGCGGGGAACCCCGCAGUUGGAUCUGGAUGUGGAGUUGAAGCCGCGAAAGAGCAAGUAAGAGAAGCUGAGUUUGUAAUGGUGUUGAAGGCCUCGGAGGGAGCCCGAGUCUGUAGUGUACCUGUACUUGACACUACAGCCAUGCAAGGUCAAAUCAGGUAUUUGAACAUGCUUAGAAGCACUGAUAUACAUGCAGACCAACUGAACAGGCAGCGAGAAGACACUCACGCCAAGAAUCACAAGCAAUUACAUUCAUGAGGGGGAACCAACAUGAACAGGUCAUAAGAUGAACCCAGAAAAUACGUAGCGUAGCAUACGGAGUAGCUAACGCAGACAGACAAAGAGGAGAAUGUGGAGAAUGGCUAACAAAGUGCCCGAUGCGUUCGUGUGGAGAAGCGUGGGGGUCUAAAAGUCACUCUGGUGCAGCUCCCGGGCUGGAGCUAAGUUAAGACGGUGAAGAAAAAGCGUAUGUUUCGGGCCAUUGAGGAGCGAGAUCAUGCCAUUGAGUUUAGAUAUGUAAUGAUGUGUCUAUGCUAGAAGGAGUCUAGAACUCGGCUGCGUCAAAGUUGCGGAUCAGGUCGUAGUAAAACUUGACAAUGUCCAUGUGCGACUCAAUUCUUAUCCUCUCAUCGACCGUGUGAAUGUUUUCGGAUCCGCGCUGUCGACUCGGUGUCCAGCGGUAAAUGUUUGGCGACAGAUCUAUAACCUAUUAGUAUAUUCUCUCGCUUUGUGUAACGAUGUACUUACUGAGGUAAUGUCUCGUAUCAGUGUUGCCAGUCAUGAUUUCACC